AACACAUGGAUGUUGCUGAAUACUCCCACAGUUUCCUCUUGUAGGGCGUAUGGGAAUUCGGAAAAGUCAAACUUCACAAGAUUGACUGACAGUUAGUCAAAUUGAAAAAGAUUGCAUAAAGUGAACUCAAAAAAUUAAAAUGCUUUGAAUGUAGGUUCCAAUUUUCUUCCCAGUCAGCAUCUUAUGUUACUUAAUCUGUAGAGUACAUGUUUGUUUCUUAAUAGUAAAGCCAUCCGGCUGGGUUUGAAGUUCAUGUGCAGUACCAUUGUUAUCACAUAUUACCUAUGUUCUAUUGUGCCAUUUAAAUUUUCUGUUAUCUCAAAGAGAAGGUUGUUUUUUAAUGUUAAUUUUUUGUUGCUGUGAAAAUGAAAUGCCUUGCUAACUAUAUUUUAAGAAGUGUUAGAAAUCAAAUGCUGCUGUUUCUGCCGUCUGGGACCAUCUUUGUUCAAUGUCGUCCUAUCGGUCCAUGGCAUACACAUUUAGGAUCCUGUCUGAAAUGGCUAUGAUCUCAUAAUAUAAAAUGGAGAAGGUCCUAUACAACCAUUAAUGUUUUACUGAGUCUAUAAAAUGGAGAAAGUCAUAUUACCGGUGAUUUUGUAAUUUUAUCUUGUACUACAACCCCCUCUGUUUUAGUGAGACAGAGUGGGUUGGUCUUUUCCUCUCCAUUAAUGGUUUUAAGUUUGAGUGGCUCUCCUGUGUGUUGGAGGGGAAAAAACCAUUAAUGUUCCCUUUGCGCUAAUGAACCGAAAUCAGGAAAGCGAACUACAGAUUUGUUUUGCGCAUUGCUGUUACCUGUCCGGGUAAGGUAACUGCUAUUUGAACUGUUCCAAUUCAGUUUGUUUAUGACUUUUGAUGGUCCCCAUUCACUAAUCACUGGUAGACGAAAAUCUGGAACUUCAUCAAGGUACAGGUUGGUCCCUUCCCUUUUUCUAGUAAUCUAAGAUCAGAAACUCAUAACAAAUUAUUGUCCUACCUGUGUUAGGUCUUUCCAAUGUUCAGUUCUUUUUUUUGUGCUGAAAUAAUCUGGUGGUCUCAUGGAUUUUCCUUUCAAGUACUUGUUAGAUCUUAAAUUGUGGUAUCCAAAGCAUUCGUAGGAAAUUUACUGGUUCCAAAUGCAUUUUAUUUCAAUACCUCAAAUCUGAAGAUUUUUUUUGUUGAAAGUAAAGCUAAGGUCGUCUUAGGUUUUGAAUUCUAUGGUAGAAACCCCCCAUUAUUCUUACCUGACCAGGUCUUGCUGUUUCUGACCCGAUUUUUGACCUGUCAUCGUCAUGCCUAUGCCUUACAUUGCUUACUCAUUUUGACAGCCUGAGAUGCUGGAAUCUCCAUGAACCUUCAAAUUUAAUAGAUCAAAUCUCCUACAAUUGUUCAUUUUUUUUUGAAAGCAGAGAGAUUAUUCUAUUUUCGAGGUCUAUGGCAGAAAUCCCUGGUGAUUUUGAUCAGGAUCUGAUUAGACCUGGUGCAUGACGGGCCAUGCCUUUUGUUCAGUCGAUUUCAGUCAGAACAAAAUGAACUGGUCCUUCGAUCUGGAUGACAGCAAUUUGCCAGCACUUAUGAUCUUGAACAGGGAGAUUUCUUGGUGUUCACUUAUAGUGGGCACUCCCACUUCAAAGUUAGAAUCCUCGAUCUAACUUUCCUGUGAUGUGAUGAACAAUACUCAUCAUCAUAAUUACAAGGAAUCACUGAUGAACGGAAGUUUGGCAAAACAUUGCGGUGAUAUCUCUAUCUACAGUAGGAAAACCGCAAAGAUGAAUCCAACAGACUCCCCUUGGCAUAAAUCAGCUGAAAAUGAUGCAACAUCUUCUGAUGACAGUCAAGAGCCCAUUGGUUCAGAUGGACGUUGGACACCCACCCAGUCUCACUAUGUCCCAGCAACAGGAUGCAGUCUGAUUACAGAGUAGAAGGGAGUGUUUUCGUGCUUGAGCAAAAACAGAAAAACUAUGUGCUGCUCAUACUAAAGAGUGGGAAGCUCUCCUGAUCAGCAGCGAUGGGUUGUAUCAGCUUGGUGGACGCUGGAAUCAGUUCAUCAAAGACAACAUGCUGCGACAGGGCGACAUCUGCCUGUUUGAACUGCUGAAGGAGAAUGAACCGCAGUUGAUCGGGGUCCAUGGAAGAAAAUACCUGCCUGAUUAGGCCUGGCUGAUUUGACCCUGUGAGUGACUGGUCAUGCUGCACCGUUCAAUCAAUUACUGUAAGAGAUGCUGUAAAAAUCUUCCAAAUGAUACUGCAGCAGUUCAGGUAUAUUCCUCUCCUCUUCCCUGUCAUCGAUGACUCUUUUGUGCCUGGUUUGAAACUUUUAAUUCACAAUACAUAAUUUUUUAGUGUUAAGUGCGGUUACUUGUGACUUUUGGGCUUCCCCUUGCUAUUUCAGCUGAUAACUUCAAGAACAGGUAACCUCUUUUUUUUUUGUCCAUUUGGUUGUUCUUUUUGGGUCAGUUGUUGGCUGAAGAAAAAAAAUCUACAACAUUGUUUGGAAUGAUAUUCUCCGUUUCUCCUUGAACAGUUGAACAUACUAAAAGAAGGAACUGGCACUAGCAUAUGUCAGUAGAUUCCUUGCAGCUUUUGGUUCUCAGUAAGUCUAGAAACUCAAGAUUCUCAGUAAAAGUAAUCAUGGCAUUCUUUUUUCUGCACCUAGUUUCAGUGAAGUUAUGAUUACCAACGUUGAAUAAUAUGCUAAAGAGUGAAAACACAGCUUGACCCACAGGAACACAGGCCCGGCGUUUCUUGGCCAUCUGGUGUUGAGGCUGCUUCUCUGCAGGACGAUCGACUUGUAGAGCUUGUUUCCAAGGAUCGUAGGAGAGGUGAUAGGAUGAACAAAUCUCGCACUGUGUGCAAGGAGUGCAUUGCAUACCAUUAUUGGCACCACAUGGAUGACCGGAAGCGUUUCUUCAAGGUUUUGAUGGGUGAUUUCAAAAAUGGAGUGACCAUACCGAGAAAGUCUGUGGCCAACAUCAGAGAGCAUUUAUCUGAAGAAGUCAAGCUAGAGGCACCAGAUGGCAAAACAUAUACCGUUCAGGUCGCCAUGGAACAGAAUGAGUUGGUCCUUCGGUCUGGAUGGUCAGAUUUUGCCUGUGCUUAUGAACUUAAAUUAGGCGACUUGUUAGUGUUCAGAAACAGUGAGAAAUCCCACUUCAAAGUCCGAAUAUUUGGUCCAAGUGGUUGUGAGAAGGAGCUGUCCUGUGUUCUGAUGGAUGGCGCUCCUUGUGUGCAAGAAAGGAAAGUUUCUCAUGAUAAUCAUACACAGUCAUCAACGGGCAAAAGGAUGGCAAUUGGUAACCCAAGUGGCAGUAGAAAAACUUUGAAGACGAACCCAACGGACUCUCCUUCACAGAAAAAUGAAGAACAUGUCCCAUCUUCUGAAGGCAUUCAGAAGCCCAUGAAUUCAGGUGGUAGCGUCCAGAAGCCCACCAAGUCUUGCAUUGUCUUGCCAACCGGAUGCAAUAUGACAAGUGAGCAAAGAGCUCAAGUUAUCACCCUUGAGCAGAAAACUCAACCCGAACUUCCUUUUUACAUCACAGCCAUGCACAGGAGAAGUGUGGCUUCUGGAAUUCUGGCCAUCUCCAAGAAUUAUGCCAUGAAACAUCUCGCAAACAAAAGUGGGAUCAUCCAGCUUUCUCAGCUUGAUGGUAGCAAGAUAUGGGCCAUAAAUUUGGACAUAACCACUAAAGGGCACUACGCUGUGUCUACUGGCUGGAUGGACUUCAUUCGCGACAAUAAGUUGCGAGAAGGUGAUAUCUGCAUUUUUCAACCAUCAAAGAGCAAGAAUGGAGUGACACUGAUAUUUCAUCCUCUUGAAGAAAGCCAUUGCCUGCAGCCACCAGGAUAUGUCCCUUCGUCCAGAAGUCCUGCACAUGGAGUCACCGAGCCUGGAUACAUUGUACCACGUAAAACCAUUCUAACCGAUCAGCAGAAGCAUCAAGUAGAAGAGAAAGUUCGAGCUAUUCGGUCUCCAUACCAUCUUUUUGUACUCAUCGUGCAGACUAGCAAUAUUACUGAAAGGUCAUGCAUUAUGGGAAGCUGAAAUCGCGAUCACUAUCAGAAUAUGCAAAAAGGUACCUCCGAGGUGGGUAUGACACUAUCAGACUUUUGCAUCCCAAGAAGACCAAUACAUGGGAAGCUGAAAUCGCGAUCACUAACAACAGGCCUAGGCUCGGUCGAGGCUGGAGGCAAUUCGCCAAAGACAACGAACUGAAACUAGGCGAUAUCUGCCUCUUUCAGCUGAUGGAAAACAAGGAGCUUGCAAUGACUGUCCACAUCAUUCCGGAACGGGAGUGUAGUUGAUCGAUGACAUCACUGCUCUUGAUGAUGCAUUUGUAAAAUGGCAGUGCAUUUGUGUUGGAAAUGCUGGUUGCACAAUCAUCAGUUAGAAACUUUGGAUGUAAUUAAUUUUCAAGAACCUAUUGCAGUAUUUGCGCCAUUUGCCUUUAGGAAUACGAUGGAGAUGGAUCAUCCGCUAGCAGCUCCGCACCCAUUCCACUUGUUUAGUUUCGACAAUGUUUAAUUGAAUAUGUAGUUUAUUCCUUGCCGGAUUGGAUGACAAUUAUUAUCACUUAAUUUUUUUCUGACCAUUCAACCUAGCAGAG